GACGCAAACUCUCCGUCACUUUCGAUGCUCAUCCGUCAACCAGACAACCGAACCCCUCGACGCUCGCAAGGAUGUAGGUGGGAGGUACGAUGAAAAAUGAUAUAACAAAUGGAAUUGACAGUGGAACGGGGAGGACGAGAAAUCCUGUGCCAGAUGCAUCAAAACCUAGGAAAAUUCACAGAUAUCUCGAUUGUGCAUUGUCUUUCCGUAUUACAGAAAUAUUACACUGUCAGAAAAAUGAGGAAUAUACUUGGCCCUAUGAUUGUAGUUGGUUUAUUCUUGGAUAUUGAGGCAGUGAAGAAGGUGGUAACAAUUUGUUCUAGCACUACCUUAGAGAAUUUAGAAUACGCAAGGCUGAUAUUGAGACAGGUUCCUAAUCUCGAUACUUUCACAUAUAAUUCUGUAAUUAGAGGAUGCUUGCAAAGUAAAAUCCCAUCUAGAGCCUUAAGUUUGUACUAUUGGAUGCUAUUGAAUGGUGUCUUCCCAGACAAGUUUACAUUUCCUUUUGUUCUUAAGGCUUGUGCUGGCACCAAUGCCAUCGCAGAUGGAGAAAAGGUUCAUUGCAGAAUUUUCAAGAGUCCACUAAGCUUGGACCUAUUUGUGCAAGCCUCCAUUCUUGCUAUGUAUUCCAAGUGUGGUGAGGUAGAAAUGGCACGCCUUACUUUUGAUUUCAUGCCCCAUAAAAGUUUGGUGAGCUGGAAUACUAUGAUUGAUGCCUAUGUUAAACAUGGAUAUAUGGAUUCCGCUCUUGAACUAUUUAAUCUAAUGCCAGAACGUGAUGUUUUCUCUUGGAAUGUUAUGAUUGAUGGGCAUGCAAAGCACGGGCAGAUAGAAAUUGCUAGGUACUUUUUCAAUGCGAUGUUUGAGAGAGAUGGUGUUACUUGGAAUAUUAUGAUUGAUGGUUAUGCCAAAUGUGGAAAUGUGAAAUUUGCUAGAGAGUUUUUUGAUAUAGCACCAUUCAAGGACAUAGUUACUUGGGGUAUCAUGAUAAACGGAUAUGUGAUGAGUGAUCAUAUUGGUGUGGCUCAUAGUUUGUUUGAAAAAACACCCUAUAAAAGUCUAGUUACGUGGAAUAGUUUGAUCUGUGGUUAUGCCAAGUGCGGUGAUAUGAUAGCAGCACAAAAAAUGUUUGAAUUGAUGCCAUUCCGGAAUCAAAAAUCAUGGAAUAUUAUGCUUGAUGCUUAUGUCAAGUGUGGAAAGAUAAAACAUGCAAAUCAAACAUUUUGUGCAAUGCCCAAUAAGGAUGUUGUAUCGUGGAAUAUUUUAAUCGACGGACAUUCUAAACUCGGAGAUAUGGAAAUAGCAAGAGAGCUUUUUGAUACUAUGCCAUAUAAGGAUGUUGUCUCAUGGAAUGCAAUUCUUGGUGGAUACAAACAAAAUGGGCAUCCGAAGAAGAUGUUUGAACUUUUUGUUAAGAUGCAAGUUCUGAAAGAAACACCUGAUUGUUCUACUUUAGCCAUUCUUCUUUCUGGUAUUGCUGAUUUGGGCCUUUUUUUUCAUGGUAGACAGGUCCAUGCUUAUGUAUGUAGGAAAUACUAUUCAUUAGAUAGUACUAUUGGAGUUGCGCUUAUAGACAUGUACUCCAAAUGUGGAUUUGCUGGAAACUCUAUGAGGGUUUUUGAUAUGAUAACCUCAAAAAAUUUGGAUCACUGGAAUGCUCUGCUCUCCGGACUUGCUUCGCUCGGCUGCUGUAACUUGGUUGUUACUAUGUUUGCACAUAUGUGUCUUUCGAUUGUUAGACCGGAUGAUGUUACAUUUGUAUCCAUUUUAAAAGCCUGUAGCCAUUCAGGCCUGGUAUCAGAUGGCUUUGAAUAUUUUAUAAUGAUGAGGGAAAGUUAUGGAAUAACUCCAAACGUCCAUCAUUACGGAUGCAUGGUUGAUCUUCUGAGUCGUUCGGGGCGUUUAGAGGAGGCUGUUGAGUUAGUAAGAAACAUGCCGGUGAAGGCCAAUGAUGUUGUUUGGAGGGCCCUUCUCGGUGCUUCGAGGACCCAUGGAAACAUUGAGGUGGCUAAACUUGCGGCGAGGCACCUCAUUGAGCUUGUACCGAACGAUAGCAGCGCUUAUGUACUCUUAGCUAACAUAUAUGGAGAUAAAGGUCGAUUUGGAAGUGUGCAAAACGUGUGGAGGAUCAUGAAAGAGAAUGAGGUUUUAAAGAACACGGCUUGUAGUUACAUUGAAUUGCAAUGCGAGCUUCAUCAGUUUACUGCAGGAGAUGCUUCACAUCCUCAUGUCCUGGAGACUCUUCUUGUACUGAAUGGAAUGAUUGAAGGGCUAUCACUCUAUUGGUUGGAAAUAAACUAUGAAUUGAUGGAAUGUAAUUAGAAGGCUUGUGUUGGAAGUUAAAGAUAAGCUUGAGAAAGAACAUCCAAGUUUGCUGGUCGGAAAAAAUGGAAGAGAUGAUGAAGAAAUGA